ACAUCUGCUCCGUGUGUGGUUUUUUGACACAGCCUAAAGUUUUUAUUGAUUAUUUUCUCCGAGUCUCCGGUUAAAACGAUACUCGGUUGUGGCCCCCUCCUCUUUUUUUUUUUUACUUGGGAGCCCUUCCUGAAAAACAGAAUCAAGCUGUCAAAUGCUUGUUGCUCGAAGGAAAAGUCGGCGCUAGUGUUUGAAAAAAAAGUAACGUAUUAACCGUAAAGGACGCGGUCUCCUUUACAAUUCUGUUUGAACGAUAAGAUGUUAAAUAGCGCGUCGAGUUUUUAUGUUUAAUUUUAAACACGAGCUCGUUAGUGUUUUGUUUGGCUGUAUCGGGUGGGUUGCGGUGUCGGUUCGUGACUCGGUCUCUGGCUAGCAGCGAGAUUUGGUGGCGAUGAGACCGUUAUCAAGAAGUGCCUUUCAGAUGACUCCCUGUGUCGCUGAUCUCUGGUCGCUGCCUGCCUGUACCACCCACACUCCUCUCUCUCCACCUCAGUCAGAGUACUAAUCCUCCCACCUCAAACCGUUCCUUUCUCUACCUGACUGCAGCAUUCAGUCCCACCCACAGCCACAGGAAAGCAUAAACUGUGCCUGCUGUCAAAGUAGUGUGCAGAUCAUGCUAUGCAGGAAUAUUACAUUUCUUGAAUAAAAACAGACGUGUGAUUCACAAUCCACCAACCUAUUACAGUAAACAACUACGCCAUACUCAGUCUUCUGAACGUAGUGGAUAAGUGCCCAUAUAUCUCAUUUAGUGAGUUUCACUGUGGCUGUCAGCAAAAUGUCUGUGGCAUUGCCAGCUGUGCGCGACACUAAGUGGCUGACUCUGGAGGUGUGUCGUCAGUUCCAGAGAGGCACGUGCUCUCGCAGUGACGAAGAAUGCAAAUUUGCUCACCCACCCAAGAGCUGUCAGGUGGACAAUGGCCGAGUUAUCGCCUGCUUUGACUCCCUAAAGGGUCGGUGUUCAAGGGAUAACUGUAAAUAUCUGCACCCUCCAUCUCACCUGAAGAGUCAGCUGGAAAUCAAUGGAAGGAACAACCUGAUCCAACAGAAGACGGCUGCAGCCAUGCUGGCCCAGCAGAUGCAGUUCAUGCUGCCAGGAUCCAGCUUGCCUGCUGUGUCUUCUUUUCCUGUUGGUCAGAGUCUGGGGCCAGGACCUGGGAUCAGUUACUCCCCCUACCUCUCUCCUGUCACUCAUGGGAUGGGACUGGUUGCUACGGAGAUGCUCCCGAGCAACCCUGUGAUUGUCUCUGGCAGCCCUGCAAUAGCAGUGCAGAGCUCGAACUCCGCUUCCUCAUCCCAGAAAACACUGCGCUCUGACAAGCUGGAGGUGUGUAGAGAGUUUCAGCGGGGGAACUGCUCCCGAGGAGAGACAGACUGUCGGUUUGCCCACCCUAGUGACAGCCCCAUGAUUGACAGCACUGAUAACACAGUGACAGUGUGCAUGGACUAUGUGAAGAGCCGCUGCUCCAGAGAAAAGUGCAAAUACUUUCACCCUCCUGCUCAUUUGCAGGCACGCCUCAAAAGCUCUCAGAGCACACAGAGCACUGCUGCAACUGCUGCUAUGGCCCACUGCCAUCAUGUGUUGGCUGCGUGCUGUGUGCAGACUCAGUCAAGUGCCAAAGUGCUGAAGCGACCCCUCGAGGCAACUGUUGACAUGGCGUUUCCUCACAGCAUGUUGCAGCCACUGGCUAAGCGAGUGGCUCUAGAGAAGAGUGCAGGGCAUGGUGGUCUUUUAAACCCCAGUGUUUUUCACUACCAGCAAGCUCUUGCCAACACACCUCUGCAACAUUCUACUGCACUGUUCCCUACAGGCUCAGUCUUGUGCAUGUCUCCUGGACCUGGCAUUGUUCCCAUGAUGCUCAGUGCCCCGCCUGCUACCGCCUCCGCUCCUGCUGCAAGCCCCUACGCUGCUGCCGCCGCGGCAACCGCCAAUCAGAUCAUUUUGAAAUAGAGUGCAGGAGAGAGACAGAGUGCCAGCGCAACAUACACGCACUUCUUAAUCAAAGAGUGUGUGGAUGUAACAUCCUCAAUUCCACAGAAUUACUGCUACAUGCAUGCUGAUAUAUACACACACACACACACACACACACACACACACACACACACACACACACACACACACACACACACAUGCAAACACACACACAGCCUAACAAUAUUUUCUUUACAGUUAUGUUCAAGAAUAUAUACACAAUAUAUACAAUAUAUACACAGCAAGAAAGAAACUAAUUAAUCAUAUAUGUUUCUAAACCUGUUUCACUGGAACAAAAUCUUAUUCUUUUUGCUUGUUUAUAUACAUUAUAUAAAUCUACACGUAUACACAGUAUCAUCACCAGUGUUGAGUAGAAAAUCAUUCAACACUUGUUUUACUGUGUGGCUCUAUUUGCACUUUUCUUUUCUUUUUUUUCUUUUAAGAAAAAGGGCAACAUCUUGAGAAAGACUAUUAGAAGUCCAGUUUGAGGAUUUACAUAAUUCUCACCAAGCUGAAUCAAGAGAUACUGAUAUAUGAGUGUUUAUCUGCCUGCAACGGCAUCAGAAAGGACUGUAUAACCGAGUGCCGAAACACAUCAAAGCCAUGCAAGAGGAUGGCAGGCAGCGCAUCACAACCCUGUAGGAGAAUGUCAAACGGCAUGUGAAAGCUAUGCAGGAGAAGGACAGAGUGAGUUCACAUCUCUGCUCCACACUUAAUGCUUUGCCUGAGCACUGCUGCAAUACAGCAGCCUGGAUGAUGAGAACUGUUAGCCAAAUUAUUGAUAGAGGAAAAAAAAAACAAAAAAAAGAUUUUCACCUUUAACAGUGGCCAAACAGAAUAGUGACACACUAACCCUUUAAAACUUGAUGUAAAUUUAAACUUUAUUACUUCAUUACAGCCGUUCUACAGUGUAGUGUUCAAGUUUUGCCACAGUAGAGGUUAUUCUCUUAUUCUCUUGAUACUGUGCUGUGGGAAGAAAAAGACAGAAACAAAGAUAUGAUUGGUUGCGACUUUAUAUGUGUGUGUUUGUGCAUAGUGACACAACAUAGCAUACGUUACUACAUCUGGGCUCUACAGCUAGACUUAGUGUCUGGACAUCUCAGCAGUACGAGCUGUGUUUGGUCGAGCCAAACUGGGCUGAGGUCAUCCUGUUUUUUGGUUUCUAUAUUUAUUGUUAUGAUUCUGUAUAAGUGCCUAACAAUGUUCUUUACAAGCAUAAUAUGGAUACAGAUUUGUUCGUGUUUAAUUUUGUUGCUGCAAUCUGUCAUUCUCUCUCUCAGAAAAAAAGGUAAAAGCAGUUUAAAAGAAUGAUCACUGGUGAUUUUUUUUUCCUUAUCGUUUAUGAAAAUUAUAACAGAAAUACUUACUACUAACACAAAAUGAUGUCCUGUAUAAGAGACAUCUGUGACUGCUGUUUGGGAAAGCCUUUUCUCUACUUUGUAUUGAAUUAUUAAGCUCUUAUACAAGGUGAAUUUGUCUUGAGGUGGAAAUACUGCAGGCUGUUGAGUCCCAGACUUCUAACACCUAUAAAGGAACAAAUUUCUCAUAGUAGCACUUCAUUAUUUAAUCAGUUGCUUUGGGACAAAAUUUCCAAAUACAUUUGAUGUUUUAUUUUACAUUGAAACUAUUGGCCUCGUUAGGAUUCUACUUACGUUUAUUUCAUUUCCUAGAGCAGUGAUUGACAACAGCGUGACAUGUAACUGACCUACUACUUAAUGGCUCUACUAUUCUAAUCUACUUUAAUUUAGGAGACAGUCAAUCAUAUAAUUUCUAUUUGGAUGUGUGUUUGUGUGUUUUUAUGUGUGUUUUAAUUCAGGGCGGAGAUAAAAUGCCAUGUGAGAACCUAGACAAUCUUUAGUUUAGAUACGCAAAGGCACUGCUCAGAGUUGUAGUCAUUUAACUUCUCAGCAUCGCCUGAGGAUAAUUUAUGUUGUGAUCUAUAAGAUAUAUGAGAACUAUUAUGUAAUGUUAUGGUAUUGAUUGUGGUUAAUGGACCAUUGUUAUGUUUUGUUUUGAGAUGAAUGUAAUUUAUUUGAUGUAGGGCCUUGCUGUUUUAAAAGGCCAGCUUGGUGCCACUUUCCUCUCCUGCAUCACCUGACUUGUGUGGGAAGAUAAAAGCAUGGUGCUUGACUUUGGAAAGUUACAGUGUCCUCAUUAAAAAAGCAUUAAGCGUUACGUCGUAUUACACAGUUGUUUGUGAAUCUAAUGCUUCGAUAUAAUAGUCGUUGUUUGAGGUGUGUAACUAUGGCAGAAGUCAGCUUUCGUGAAAGACAAGUCUAGCAGUGAGUAAUGCAGGUAGCCAGCUGAGAGAAGCACUUAACACUGCAUGACGCAUCAAUGCAGGUCAGGCUGCAGAAGUGUUCACAUAAUGUCAAAUUAAAAAUAACACAGCAUUUCAGUUUAUAGUUCACUUUAAUGUGCUAAUAUUUUAGAACAGUACUAAUUUGUUAAUGUGACCGUUCAAAAUUGCUAUGAAUGAAACUGUUUUUGUAAGUGAUGUUCCUGCUUUUUUUUUUUUUUCCAAGAUGUUAGGUUCAAAUAUAUUUUCCUACUUGGAAAAUACUUAGUUUCAAUGCCUUAUUGUCAUGGACCAUACUAUUUAAUUACAAAGUAUAUUAGUCUUAAAAAUUGUUUCACUUCACCUAUUUAGAUAAGUGUUUACACAGGUUUAUUUCCACUGUCCAGAUGUAAAUGAAUAUUCAUUGGAAUUUCUUAAAAACAAAAUACUAGUGCUAAAAAAAAAGCAGUGUGUUAUCACUCUAGAGCGUUAGCACAAUCCGGCUGUAACACUAUAACGGAACAAAUGUCACUGACAUUACGAUAGAAUUGAAGUUUUGUUUCAGAGAUAAUAAUAGAAAUAGAAAUGUUUACGGUGUUGUCCCUAAGGAUGAUCCAGUGUCAGCCUUGUGUUCUGUCUCGCAUUACAGAACUUCUACUAAACAUAUGAAUGUGUCUCAUCGUCAGUGCGUAUCAGUGCGUCUCCUGCUUUCUUAGUGUCAGUCUGGUGGAUAAGAAUUUCAGAAUGUAAUUUAUCUCUUGACUGUUGUAGCACAUUCUGGACAGGUUUAUGAUUUUGAGGGCUACAACGCACUCACUACCUUAGUCUGUUCACAUGUGAUCUUUGCCUUAUCUUCUAUGUGUUGCUCUGACCAUUUCAUCGCUCUUAAUGUUGUUUGAAGGUUUUUGUAAAACAAAAGGCUGUAUUGGCUCUCCUAAAACGAAAUAUAAAAUCACUUAAUAUUCAAUAACCUAACGUUAAAAUAAAAGGGUCUGUGUAAUAAAACCUUUUCUCCACAACUGGAGUGAACGUGUAGGAUUAGAGCCCAAAGAUUGUUAAUUCAAACAGAAGAAAUGCAUGGGUAAUGUUGCUUCUUAAUGUGGAGAACGGGCUUUUAAAUAACACAUGUACUAAGCUGUACUUUGUUUUCUGAGCACUACCUUGUUCCUAGUCUCUGUUCAACACCAGUUACAAGGAAGAAUUCACAAGUUUCAAUUCCAUGCAGAUUAAAUACGCCACACAUUAUAAGAUUUUAAAGAGUUUUUUUUAUAUGUUUCUUUGUGUAAUAUUAAGUAGUUUAUUGCUUUUUGGGUUCUGUAAACAUAAUGUUUGUAAAAUAUAUUGUCACAAAGUAAAUAAAAUCCUUUAAUGACCA